AUGGACGGCCAGAAGAAACCAUCCCGCCAAUUUGGCGUCACUAGCGCCAUUUCAGAGGCUGCGCCGACCGAACAUGAUAUCAAGCUGAAUGAUAAGCUCAUCGAAACACUCAAGGCGGAAAACGUGUUUGAGACGCCCGAGGGCAACCGUAGAAGAGAAGAAGUCAUUGAACACAUCCAAAAAGUCGUCGAAGAGUUCAUCCGUCGCGUCGGUAAACAAAAGGGUGUGCAGCAAUCCGUUCUCGAUGCCGCAGGCGGCAAGAUCUUCACAUUUGGCAGUUAUGCCCUCGGUGUUCAUGGACCCUCAUCCGAUAUUGACACGCUCGUUGUUGCGCCCAAAUUCGUCACCAUCCAUGAGUUCUUUGAAACCUUUCCGCCUACCUUUCGAGAAAUGUCCAACGUCGACGACAUCAACGAGUUCGUGCCCGUCGAAGACGCCUUCGUGCCCAUCAUCAAGAUGGAGUAUCGGCAAGUGAGCAUAGAUUUGCUGUUUGCAUCGCUACCAAAGCGGACCUCGAUACCCAGGAACAUGGACACGAUUGAGAAGAAGGACCUUGAGGGACUCUCCGAGUCGGCGACGCGAAGCGUCAACGGCACACGAGUUACAAAUGAGCUCUUGGACGCGGUGCCUCAGAAAGUGAGCUUUCGACAUGCGCUGAGAGCCAUAAAACUGUGGUCCAACCGCCGGGGCAUCUACGGAGCCGUUUUUGGAUACCCUGGUGGUGUCGCGUGGGCUAUUAUGGUCGCACGUAUUUGCCAGCUCUACCCCAUGGCAAACGGUGCGACCAUUGUUUCCAAGUUCUUCAGCCUGAUGUACAAGUGGACCUGGCCUAGACCUGUCAUGCUGAAGCACAUUGAAGAGGGCGAUUUGGGUCUCCGGGUAUGGAACCCGCAGGUGUACGGCGGUGACAGAGCGCAUCUCAUGCCUAUAAUCACGCCAGCAUUUCCUUCCAUGUGCGCCACACACACCGUCAUGCCAUCUACCCUGCGUAUUAUGAAGGACGAGUUUGGACGAGCGGACAAGAUUCUACAGCACAUAUUUGCGGGAACAAAAGAUUGGGAUGCGCUAUUUGAGCGACACUCGUUCUUCACCAAGGACCACAAGUAUUACUUGAGCGUCGUUGCUGCUAGCCGGACCAAGGAGGCCAACUCGACAUUCUCUGGGCUGGUGCAGUCAAAAAUCCGCCACAUCGUCAAGGGGAUAGACGAUGGACAGACGGGUAUCGAUACUGCACGUCCGUACAUUCAAUACUUUGAACGAUACCAUCGUUGCAAAGACGACCAGUUCCACGAGGUUACUCAGGGCUCUCUUGAUUACAUGAUUCCAGCCUCCGAAUUGCCCGCCGAUGGCACUACGCCACCCACUGACGACACUCAUAUCAUUUACACUACGACUUUCUACAUUGGCCUUACCCUGCCUCCAGGUGCUACGAAGUCGCUCGAUAUCUCUUACCCUGUCAGUCAAUUUAGGAGCUAUAUUACAGACUCGGACCUGUACGACGAAAAGUUGAUGUCUGUCAAGGUGGUUCAUACCCGCAACACUGCACUUCCUGAUGACGUCUUCAUGCCAGGAGAAACGCGACCGAAGAAACCCAGCAAAGACAAAAAGAAGAAGGACGCGAAAAGUGCUAAGCGCCACUUCGCCGAUACUGGCCUCGACGUGCGUGAUGAACGCCAUACCAAAUUCUCCCAGCGCUCACCCGCGCCUCGGGGGUAA